AUGAGCCGGCUUUGCAAGGAGGAUGUAAGGAUCGGCACGUUCGGUACACUCCUCAUUCAUUUUCCAGUCCGAGGAGGAACUUCAAUUCUUCUAGAAGUACAUCCCGUGGAAGAUCAAGGGAAAGAAUCGAGCGCGGAGUCCGGACGAGGAGGCUGGUUCUGGUUGCCACGAGACCCUUGCCAUGAUGGCUCACGAGAUCUGCCUCGGGUUCUUCUGUCACAUCGACGGGCCUCGGUCGCGCUCGGACGCAUCCGACGACCAGGACCGCGACGAGCAGACGUUUCUAGAUUGCGAAGGGCUCGGAAUCGGGAAUUUCCGUUACAGCGUAGACGUUUCAAGAAGUUUCGCCCUCGUGCGCAGGAGGCUAGAAAGCAGCCUCCCUCAUGCCCUCCCCCGACCAUUCCUCUCGAUGAGACUUCCGAGACGGCGGACGAGCUUCCUUUCACUCUCGGAGGCACGGCUCGACGUGGAUCCCAUGCAUGGAUCGUCGAGCCAUGCGCCGGCCGGAGGUGCUUCCUACCGAUUAUCGCAGUGCAGUGCAGAGGGGCUCGGCUCUGCACUGCACCUCAAAGACUGAUCGAGCCUAAUGUCUUCACAAGGCGAGAUUGCACGUGCCUGGUUGCUGUAUCUCUCGUGGCGCUAUCCUCAAGAGGACGAAAAUCGACCUGUGUUUGCUUUACCUACCGAGUAUCAAAACUCCAAAUUGAAUCAAAAUCCUGGACAUUUGAAUAUGGUCACCACGAAAGGGACGAUUGAGAACCGCCCUGAUUUCCUCUCGUAUUGCCUCCACUCGUUCGAAGCGACAUGUUCCUCGACUUCUGCAUUGUAUUCCAAUGGUCGGAACUCCUGGAUGGUCAAUUCAAAUCUUCGACCACAGA